AUGGAUCCAAACAAUGUUCCUAGCAACUCCUCUAGCUACGUAGGACUGCUUCACAGUCAACAAGGUAGCGUGUUCAAUGAAAACUUUCCUUAUGAAAGUUUUCAUUCUAGUGUUAACUUCGGAGAACCACAGCCUUUUCCGGCUUUCAGCUCACAACAAUCUCAAGAUGCACCAUUACAGCCACCAGUACAGACACCGGCUGCCCGUGGUGUAAGGCGCAAAUGGAAUCCAGCAGAUGACGAAGUGCUGAUCAGUGCAUGGCUUAACACUUCGAAAGAUGCAAUUGUUGCAAAUGAGCAGAGGUCGGGGGCCUUCUGGAAACGGGUUGCUGCUUAUUAUGCAGCAAGUCCCCAUGGAAUAGAGGAUGGUGGGAGGGAGCACGUUUGUUGCAAGAAGAGGUGGCACAAAAUUAAUGAAGAUGUUAACAAGUUCUGUGCCGCAUACUCGGCAGCAGAGCGAAAAAUGAGUAGUGGUGAGAGUGACACUGACGUUCUGAAGAAGGCACAUGAGAUUUUCUUCUCUGAUUGUUCGCACAAGUUCACACUUGAACACGCUUGGUGUGUGUUGAGGUUUGAACAGAAGUGGCUCAGCCUCAACACACCCACGACUGCUGGCGUUUCGAAGAGGAAGAAUGUGGACGUAAAUUCCCAAACAUGUAAUACCGAAGGCUUCGUUGAUGUUGAGAGCAGGCCCGAAGGUGUCAAGGCUGCUAAGGCGCAAAGAAACACGGGUAAAGGGAAGUCUGUGGCUGAGAUUGCGACCGUUUGGGAAAUGAAGAAGGACGAUUUGGUGAGGAAGGAGAGACUGUCGAGGCUAGCAAUACUAGACAGUCUCCUUACCCGUACUGAACCAUUGACUGAGGCGGAAGUUGUUGUGAAGAAUAAGCUCCUACUGGAGUUAUUCUAA